AUGGUGACGGUUGUGCCGCGGAAAAAUUCAAUCACUGGAAGCAACAGCAGCAACAGUUUGGCGCAUCAGGAACCAUCAUCGAAAGCGACCUCGGCCGAUGAUGUCAUUGAUUCCGGCGGUGCAAAUCAUAGUGGUGAACCGGCAAACGACGAGCAAGCCCUGCAGGAAGCCGAACAGUUGGAUAAUCCGACGGAAGUCCGGUCGCGACUGUCCCGGAAUCUGCAUAUUCUGGCCGAGCAAAGUUGCAUUUGCUACUUUGUGCAGUACCUGGAAACGAAAGAAGCCCUAGCGUUGGUCAAAUUCUUGCUCGACGUGGAGAGCUUCAAGGCGGCUGCCAGUGCGGACAAUGCCCGGGUUGAUGGCGGAAAUGGCACUGGGAAAGACGGUCGCAUUUCGUUGGCCCUGUGCGGUGGAACUUGCAGCGAGCGGAUUUUCGACGACGCCCAACAGUACCUGCUGGAGGCGAUGGAGAAGAGCUACCUGAAUGCGUUCCUGGAGAGCAGCUUCUACAGUAAAUAUACCUUUGAGGUGCUCUCGAGCGACAGUUUAACCUUGAAGGAUAUACUCUGCAGCGAGAUGGCUCUGUUCUACUUUAUGGAAUACCUGGAACAGAAGGGCAAACGGUACAUUUUGGAGUUUUGUGUGACGGUCAGCCACUUUCGCAGGAGCACCGAAAACAGCCAAGGACAAGAGGAUGCUGUCGUGCUGUACGAGAAGUACUACUCACUCCAGGCGACCUGUCCAUUGAAAGUUAGUGAUAAAAUCCGUUUCCUGGUCGAAGAAGGGAUCUGUUCACCAGAAGCAGGAAUGAUCAAAAAUUGUUUCGAAAUUCCUUCGAGGAUAAUUGAACGAUUCCUUGAGAAGCGGUACUUCCAAGGAUUCCUGAAAUCUUAA